AUGGAGAUAAAGCCUACUAAGUUGGUUCGUGGUAAAGUUUUAUGUCAGUUAAUUGUUGAUAAUAAGCCUAAUGAAGAAAUAGUGUUUGAGAAUGAAGGCAUGACCGAAGAUCUUCCCAAAGUUUUAUUUGUCAGCACCACUGAUGAGUGGUAUUCCGAUUUAGCAUACUUCCUUGCGUAUGGUGAGUGUCCUUCACAUCUGUCACACAAUGAAAAAUGUACUUUGAAGCUGAAAGCAGUAAACUUUGUCCUUUGGGAUAAUGGUUUGUAUAAGAAAGGCAUAGAUGGCAAUUUCUUACAUUGUGUUGAUAAGGAACAACAAGUUAGAUUUCUUAAAGCAUUUCAUGAAUUGGCUUGUGGAGGGUAUUUUUCUGCCCCUGGCAUGACACACAAAAUUUUGCAUGCAAAAUACUAUUGGCCAACCCUAUUUAAGGAUCCAUAUAGUUGGGUCCGCAUAUGCGAGCAAUAUCAACAGUUUGUUGGUAAGCCUAAGUUGGCUGCUUUACCUCUCAAGCUAGUAGUACUUGACGAGCUUUUUUAG